GCAAUCAAAAAAUGUAGCUUCGGUUGAAAGGUUAAUAACUGUUCACAGCAACAACAAUUGGGCGCGUGCGGCUAAUGUGGAGGCGCGCCACGCCCACCAAGAAAAAAAAACCAAUUACUUGCAAAAUCUAAAGCGCCGCCAUGCUGCCCACCUACGAGCGCUUGAACGACCCGAAAAAGGCAUACUUUCGCCUAACAUUUGCCCGGUUAUCGAUAAUUGCCCUCAGCCUGCCAUUGGGCGCAUUUAGUUUCUGCGUAAUCUGGUCGCUGUUAAAUGACUUUGUGCGCUCCACAUUUACGCACUGCGACGUGGCCAACUAUUUGCCGUCGGUAUCGGCGGCAAUUGGCAAUUAUGAGCCACAGAAGACGGUCUGGCGCUUGGCCGUUAUCCUGCAUCUGCCGCUGCGCCUAACCGUGGCCUACAUGUACUUGGAAUACUAUAGGGAGCAUAUUAAGCGCAAUCGUCGCAUGUUCGGCAUUCUGGCCUGUACGCUGAACGUUAUCGAGAAUGUGGCGCUGUUCUGCCUGUCGCUGUGGACAUCGGCGGACAACUAUGAGAUCCAUCGGAAUUCGUUUGUCGUUUUCAUAGCCAGCAGCGAGUGCUAUAUGCUGAUCUCGUAUCUGUUGAAUCGGAGCGCACGCAAAUCCGUGCUGUUGCCGCACGAGGAGAAGUCGCUGCGCUACAAGCGCAAUCUCUUUCUGGUCAAUGUGCUGGCCUUCGGCCUGGCCGGCUACUGUUUCAUGCGGCACAAUGCCCGCUGCGAGGCCGGCGUGUACACAUUCUUUGCGCUCUUCGAGUAUAUUGUGGUGCUAACCAAUAUGGGCUUCCAUAUGACAGCCUAUUGGGACUUUUAUGCCUUCAGCAUUGUCUGCGAUGCCCGGAACGGUGUGCAUAUAACGCGUUCCUAGACUGCUCCACGUCCAGCGAC